CCUUCUAAGCUUCAGGACCGCAGCCACGCCCCCCCGGGACCCUGACCCCUCCCAGCUCCAGACCCCGGAGCACUCGUCCUGCCCUCGGCCUGUGAGAAAGAUGCCACCGUUGCUCUGCCGUCCCGGCCACCGCGUUCUUCUCCUCCUCUUGGCCCUGCUGCUGCCCUCGCUGCCCCUGGCCUAUGCCCCCGCGCCCCUGGGCCCCGCCGCCGCUCUGCUCCAAGCUCUCGGGCUGCGCGACGUGCCCUCGGGCGCACCCAAGCCCCGGUCAGUACCCCUCAUCAUGUGGCGCCUGUUUCGUCGCCGGGACCCCCAGGAGGCCAGGGUCAGCCUGCGAUGGACGUCCUCAGGGGCCACUCUACGACCGUGCCACGUGGAGGAGCUGGGGGUCGCCGGAAAUAUCGUGCGCCACGUCCUGGACCGUGGUGCCCACGCCCGGAUCCUGGAGCCCUUGGCCGCAGGGCAGUGCCCGAAGUGGAUCGUCAUCUUUGACCUGUCAGCUGUGGAACCCACCGAACUCCCGAGCCGAGCCCGCCUGGAGCUGCGCUUCGCGGCGGAGGAAGCAGCAGCGGGCACAGCUGGCGGCUGGGAGUUGAGCGUGGCUGGGGCGGCCGAGGGCGCGGGUGUGGGCCCGGUGCUGUUCCGCCAGGCGGUGGUCUCUCUGGGGACGCCAGUGCGUGCCGAGCUGCUGGGCACCACCUGGGCCCACAACGCCUCAGUACCACGCAGCCUCCGCCUAGUGCUGGCGCUGCGCCCCCGGGCCAUUGGUACCUGCGCGCACCUGGCCGAGGCCUCGCUGUUGCUGGUGACUCUUGACCCGCGCCUGUGCCACCCCCUAGCCCGGCCUAGGCGAGAAGCUGAGCCCACGGUGGGCGGAGGCCCCAGGGGCUCGUGUCGUGCUCGGCGGCUCUACGUGAGCUUCCGCGAGGUGGGCUGGCACCGCUGGGUCAUCGCGCCACGUGGCUUCCUGGCAAACUACUGCCAGGGCCAGUGCUCACUGCCCGCCAUGCUGCCCGGGCCCGGGGGGCCACCCGCGCUCAACCACGCUGUGCUGCGCGCACUCAUGCACUCGGCAGCCCCCGGCCCUGCCGGCCUGCCCUGCUGUGUACCUGCGCGCCUGUCACCUAUCUCCGUACUCUUCUUCGACAACAGUGACAACGUGGUCCUGCGGCACUAUGAGGACAUGGUGGUGGACGAGUGUGGCUGCCGCUGACAGACCGGGCAUAAGAGGGGGCACAAUAAACACUGGGUGGUUUGAGCUGCAUUAUUUCUGUCUUGUCACCU